GAAUAGUUUUUUAAUUAAACUUCGUCUGCUGCUGAAGAAAAAAAAGAAAAAAAGUACCAACUAAAAGUGUGUAAUGGUAAAUGAUGAAUCCCAGUCAGCUUUUCUUUGACCAAAGGACACCUUAUGAUCAGCCCUGCAAUAAAUUCCAGAAACAUGAUUUUUUUUCCACUGAUGUACCUGAUGCACCGUCAUCAUUUGAAGCUCCAUUACUACCUAGUCAAAGAUUUUUAGGGGACAUUCAAGCAUCUCAACUUUAUCAGAACUCACAGAGAUCACAAGGAUUAAAUCAGACAGGUCGAUUACAGGAAACAAAUCAUUGCUCCAAUUAUGAUCUUGACUUGCCUGUCAGUCAAAACUAUGUACCUGAUAUUCUGGCUUCCCAGUUAUACCAUAAUAAUCAAUUAGAAAAGGACAAUGGUUAUCAUGAAAAAGCUGGGAGGGGUAUAGCAAAUGUUAGAUCUGGUUAUAAAAGUGAUGGGUUGGAGAAACAGAAUGUUGAUAUCAUACUUCCUAAAAAGACCAGUAGAGACAUAUUUAAAGUUCAAAGGAUGAAGGAUGUGGAUUCAAUGGUUGAAGAGAAAGGGACCAACUUCCUGCAUCCUGAUCUAGCACAACAAAAUGUAUUAGAACAGACAGAGAAAAGAAAAAGGUUCAUUUCUCCAAUAACACCUUUCUUUUCACAUGUAAGCAAAGCACCUAAGCUUACAAAUAGAAAAGAAAACACAGGUCAUACUCAAAAGGAAGCUGAAAUACCAGAAAGAGUGACUGCAUACAAAAACAAAGGAAGAACUCUAUGUUCAGAAAAAGAUGCAAUUCCUACACCUUUACCCUUGGUCUUGCCCAGCAGCCAUGGAAUUAAAUUACGGUCCAGAGAAGAAAUUUCUGAAAGAUACAGAGAUAUAUUUGAAUUUCCAUACUUCAACAUUGUACAGUCUAAAGUAUUUGAUGAGGUAUUUUAUACAGAUAAACCAUUAGUUGUAUGUGCACCAACAGGAGCAGGAAAAACAGCUUUAUUUGAGUUGGCUAUUGUUAGAUUAAUGAUGAAGAUGGAAAAUAGUCCAAGGAAAAACUUCAAAGUUGUGUAUAUGGCACCUAUAAAAGCUCUAUGUAGUGAAAAGUAUACAAGUUGGAAGGAGAAAUUUGAACCACACAAUCUGAAGUGUGCCGAAUUGACAGGUGACACAGAAGUAGAUGAUUAUUAUGAGCUUCAGGAAGUCAAUAUCAUACUCACAACACCUGAGAAAUGGGACAGCAUGACAAGAAGGUGGAGAGACAAUACUUGUUUUGUACAGUCUGUCUGUCUGUUCUGUAUAGAUGAAAUCCAUGUAUUAAAUGAUAGUACCAGAGGAGCUACCAUAGAGGCAGUCAUAAGUAGAAUGAAGACUAUACAAGCAGCAAUGGGGAGAUCCUCAGUGGAGAAUUUCUUACCUAAACUACGAUUUGUGGCUGUGUCGGCUACAAUACCCAAUAUUAAUGAUAUUGCUGAAUGGUUAGGUGAAUCUGAACCAGCUAUAUCUGUGAAGAUGGAUGACAGUUUGAGACCAGUCAGAUUAAGGAAAGUAGUUUUAGGAUUUUACUUUGAUGAACAUAAAGGUUCAGCUUUCCAUUUUGACAUGUCACUCAACUACAAACUAGCUGGAAUAAUUAACACAUAUUCUGAAGACAGACCAACUCUAGUGUUUUGCUCAACAAGAAAGAGUACCCAACAAGCUGGUGAAAUUCUAGCCAAAGACAGUAGAGGAACAAUGAUCAGAAGUACACAACAAAGACAAAAACUUAUGAAAUAUGCAAAUAUGGUUAAGGACAACAAACUAAGAGACUUGGUGAUGAAAGGUAUAGGGUUUCACCAUGCAGGUAUGGAUAUCCAAGAUAGAAAAUACAUGGAGGAACUGUUUGCUGCUGGAGACCUUUUUGUCCUUGUGGCAACCAGUACUCUUGCAAUGGGUGUAAAUCUUCCAGCACAUUUGGUUAUACUAAAAUCUACACAGUACUACAACAUGGGCUGUCAUGAAGAGUACUCAGAUACACAGAUAUUACAAAUGAUUGGAAGAGCUGGAAGACCUCAGUUUGAUACCACAGCAACAGCUGUCAUUAUGACAAAGAACCAGACUAAGGCAAAAUAUGAAAAUCUAUUGAAUGGUACACAGGUCAUUGAAAGCAGUCUACACAAACAUUUGGUGGAACAUUUGAAUGCUGAAAUAGUGUUAAAUACCAUCAAUGAUAUGUCUAUAGCCAUGGAAUGGAUCAGAUAUACAUUUCUGUAUAUCAGAGUUAUGAAGAAUCCAAAACAUUAUGGAAUACCUCUUGGAUUGACAAAAGAACAGAUAGAGAAAAGACUGCAAGAUCUGUGUAUGAAAAGCUUGAAUGAACUUGAAAUGACUAAGAUGAUUACAAUGGAUGAAGAAACUUUUGAUGUUAAACCAACAGAAGCAGGAAGAUUAAUGGCAAGAUACUGUAUAGCAUUUGAAACAAUGAAGAAGUUUGGUAAAAUAUCAGGAGUUGAAUCAAUCUGUGAAUUAAUCACUUUGGUUGCUGAUUGUGAAGAGUUUACAGAAAUUCAGCUAAGAACCAAUGAAAAGAAAACAUUAAACUCCUUGAAUAAAGAUAAAAACAGAAUAACAAUAAGAUUUCCUAUUGUAGGCAAGAUAAAGACAAAGCAGAUGAAAGUUAAUGUGUUAAUCCAGGCAGCACUUGGUUGUUUGAUGGUUCAGGAUUUUUCUCUUCAGCAGGACACCACCAGAAUAUUUAGAGCAGCUAAUAGAAUUUCACGAUGUUUGCUGGAACUAUUAUGGUUGAGAAAUGAUUUCAAGGCACUUCUAAGCUCUGUGCAGUUAAUGAAAUCUUUUAGAGCAAGAUUGUGGGAAGAUUCGAAAUAUGUUACAAAACAGCUUGAUGGCAUUGGUCCUACUUUAUCUAAUGCAUUAGUCAAUGCUGGAAUAACAUCAUUUCAAAAAAUUGAGGACACUAACCCAAGAGAGCUAGAAUUGAUUGUGAACAGACACCCUCCUUUUGGAAACCAAGUCAGAGAUGCUGUAGCAGGUCUUCCCAAAUAUGAAUUAACCAUUGAACAGGUUGCUAAGUAUAGCAAUAGUUCUUCAGAUUUGUGGAUCCAUUUGAAUAUUGCAAACAAAGAACAACUUCAGGACAAGAAGACAAUGUCUCCCUACCACACAUGUGUCUUAAUAAUUGGUGAUGAGGACAACACGAUUGUUUAUCAAAGGAAAAUAAUGGAUUCUUACCUGCUUAAAGAUAAUGGAAUAACCAAGAAAAUUGAAGUUAAAAGAGCUAACAAAGGACCUGAACUUAAUAUUAAUUUGAUAAGCCAGGAUUGGGUUGGUAUUGAUGUUCAGAGUACUUACACACCAUUUUAUAAUGGUCCUAAGAAGAUGUCUUCAAGCAAUUCAGAUACUCAGAAUAUACCAUACUCAAGAUUAGCCUUUGUGGACAAUCAGAAGAAAACUGAUCAACUUCUAGAUCUCCCUAGUUUACAGAGAAGGAUUCCUUGUAACCACAGUUGUAUGAAUAAGAGGCUUUGUGGACAUGAUUGUUGUAGAAAUGGAGUUAUUCCAAAAACAAAGAAAACUCCUCAGACAUCACAAUCUACAGGAAAGGAAGUCAAAAGACCCAAUACUUUUAACAACUUCAUGUCAGAUUUGAAGUCAAAGAUGUCAUAUUUUCCAGAAACCCCUAAAAAGAAGAGAUUAAUGAUGUCAGGAAAUGUGAAGGAUAUUGACCUAAAUCAGUUUGCAUACAAUCCAAAGCCUUCAUUAUCUCACCCAACUGUUCCACAGACACCUCAACCAGCAAGAAAUCAAAAUAUGGCAUCACAAAAUUACUACACACCACAAGUAGGGAAGUCAAGACUAAAUACAUUUUUAACAACACCUCAGAAUCCUCAAGGUAACCAUAGUUAUAGUUGUCAGAUAGGUGGGGACAGGUCAGAUCAGAUGGAUUUAGAGAGAUGCUUCAAUGAUGAUGAUUACAUUGAUGAAAUGGGAGAUGCAAAUGUUAAUGAAAGAUGGGAAAACAAUGAAAGUAAAAGAAAUUUAGAUGUCACUGGUGAAAUGUCAGGUUAUUGUCAAAAUGAUUAUGGGAAAGAUGUUAAUGGCAGAGUUGGAAUAGAAGACAAUAGCCAUCUUAACAAUAGAAAAAAUCAUGAUGUGAAUAUGGACUGGCCUGAAUUAGACAUGUAUCAGAAAAAAAGAGCAGAAAAUGUUGAAGAUUAUGAAUAUGAAUUACCUGACUUGGAUGUGAAUGAAAAUGAAAACUUGAGAAGAACUGAAUACCAACCUGCUGACUUUGAAAUUCAGUCUAGUUUGUUACCCACACAAUAUGGACAGAACAACAGUACACCAAACCAAUACUUGAGAGAUACUAGAGGUAGUUAUGGUGAAUUUCAUGAAGAGCAGCAGGACAGUGGUGAUUUGCCACAGCUUCAUUAUACAGGAGGUACAAGUAGACAGCCACAUACUCCACAUAGAUAUGGACAAGUAUUGGCAUGGAGUAAUACAUCUAGAAAUGGUAGUCCUGAGUGGAGUGGUAGUGACAAUGAAAUAGUAAAUGCUGAUACACCUCCUUCUUCAUCAAGUUUGUUGUUGAAUAGAAGUAAAGAAAUUCUUAAUAAACAUGUUGAAGCUAUUAGUUCAAAGCCUUGGACAAAGAAGACUGCAAAUUCUGCACAAUAUCAGACAAAAGGUCAGAUGUCGAAUCAAGGGUCACAUCAGGCAAGGCAACAUACUUCAAACAAAAAUGAGGCAAAACAGAUGUCAUGUUCAGAUUCAAAUUCCAUAAAACAACAAAGUUUGAUUCAGCAUAAGUGGAAUAUGCCAAAUAACAGCCUGCAACAGACUAAGCAAAACAAGCAAGAUUCAAUCAUAAAUCAUGUGAAUUAUAAUAUCAAAACAAAUGUACCACAACAGGAGUCUGGAGAGCAAAAUAAAAGAGGGAAAUUUGCAACACAAGAACAAUUGUCAACUGAGAAAUAUUUGAAGGAACAUGCAGAUAACCAGGUUAAUAGUUAUCUAAAAGAUGAUCAGUUUACAAUGGCAGAAAGUUCUCAAAACAAACAGAAUUCUGCUAUACCUUGUCAGCAAUUUACCUCAAUAAAUGAUGAGAGGAAAUAUUCAGAAGUUCAGAAGUCGAUACCUAAUUUCUUUUCACCAGAUUGCCAAUUCAAAUCAGCAAUGGAUAAUAAACAGAGCACCACUCCACUGGAUACUUUUAACAGUAUAUUUGAUGGUAUUUUCUGAGGAAACUGAAUGAGAAAUGUGUAACAGUUUAUGAAUUAUAGAUAUCUAUCUCUUUGCUCUGUUUGUCAAUCAG